AUGGCCCCAACAGCACUUUCUGAGCGUCUCUAUCAUUCGGUCACCAAAGAUGCUCUCAGAGCUUAUCUUGCAGAAUUCAUCUCAACUUUCUUUUAUGUGUUUGCCGCUGUAGGAUCUUCCAUGGCUUCAAGGAAGUUGAUGCCUGAUGUGGCUGCAAAUCCAUCUAGUCUUAUGACAGUUGCCAUUGCAAACGCCUUUGCGCUGUCAUCGACUGUUUAUAUUGCUACAAAUGUUUCCGGUGGACAUGUGAAUCCGGCUGUCACUUUCGCCAAGGCGGUUUGUGGACACCUGAGUGUGGUAAUGGCUCUCUUUUACUGGUUUUCUCAAAUGCUCGCCGCUGUCAUGGCUUGCCUUUUCUUGAGAGUUACAACCGCUGGCCAGCCCGUUCCAACCUACGAAAUUGCGCAAGAAAUGACAGGAUUUGGGGCGUCUUUAUUGGAAGGUGUUAUAACUUUUGCUUUGGUUUACACAGUUUAUGCUGCUGGUGACCCAAGGCGCGGUCCAUUGACCGCCAUUGGGCCACUGGCAAUUGGGAUGAUGGCAGGAGCAAAUGUCCUGGCGACAGGGCCGUUCUCCGGUGGGUCGAUGAACCCGGCGUCCGCCUUUGGGGCGGCGAUUGUCGCUGGGAGUUUCAAAAACCAAGCAGCUUACUGGGUUGGACCUCUGUUUGGAGCCGCAGUUGCAGGACUUGUGUAUGAUAAUGUGGUGUUUCCUGUUCAAGGCCCUGAUUCAAUUUCAGUCAGAGAGGUUUCAGAGGGGAUUGGGGUGUGA